AUGUCUCGAGAUGUGUCGGCGGGCGUUUCGUCCUUACCUGGAAUUCAGGUGAACAAGAAGACGAGCCCGGAUCCAAAUCAGUGGAAUACGCGCAGCUUGGGACUCCGUCAAGUCUAUCAAGGGUGCAAAGGAAGGUACAAGACUGACAGCUAUUACAACAGAGCCAUCAUUGAAAAAGCAUCCAAAGGCAUAUCUAUUCGUCACACAUUAACAACAUGUCUCAGUUCGAUGGUACGCAAACCCGCCGGCUUCUUUUUAUCGACGCCGUUCAUCCUCAUCUACACCUUGUACUCGGGCACAUACUUGACCGCCAAUGCAAUCGACACCGUCACGUCGACACUACGCAAUCAACCCUUUGCUACCGUGACACCGGGGACAGCGAAAUUCCUUACUACCACAACUGUUAACAUGGCUAUCUGUGUUUAUAAGGACGCCCGGUUCGCGAAACUGUUCGGGCCGUCCAGCAGCCCGUCUACCCAAUGCCAUCCUUCUGCUGCUCCUACAUCUAUCUCUACGACUAGUACCGCUGCAGCCGGUACUGCUGUUGCCACAACAAUAACCAAGCAGCCUCCAAAGAUCCCCAAAACAUCAUUUACGCUAUUUUGUUUGCGAGAUAGCGUAACCAUAUUUGCAUCCUUCAAUAUUCCGCCCUUGAUCGCGCCAUCAAUCCCGGAUUUCAUCGCUUCGACGCCCGGCAUGAAAGCUGCCAUGGCCCAGUUUGCGUGUCCCGCUUUGAUGCAGUUUGUCAGCACACCCAUGCAUCUGCUCGGACUGGAUUUGUAUAAUCGCCAGCCACCGGGAGGACUGGGUUGGCGGGAGCGACUUCUUCGUAUUCGGAGAGACUACAUUGUCAGCUCGUUUGCGCGCAUGGGCAAGAUUGUCCCGGCCUAUGGAGUUGGCGGAGUUGUCAAUGUGAGGAUGAGAGCGGCUCUGAUGGAGAAACUUCAACUCGAAGAUGACCGAAACCGUCAUCUAUGA